AUGCAAACUUCCAGUUCGUAUCAGCAUUUCUCACCAUCCGUGAACCUAAAUUUAAUCCCAGAAAUGUGUCAUAAUGAAGAUGAUAAUCAGUUUGAGGGUGCAAUUGCUAAUAAUGAUGCGGAGUUGGUAGAACAACAGGAAAUUGAGUUUGAUUCUAGCGAUGAUGAGGAGGGUGAUGGAAACGUGUGGGUCAAUAUUGAGACAACCACCGGGGAUCAGGGGAGGUAUCUAAAUGUAGUUUAUCAAGUACCCGAAUUUGGCGAUGUCAGCCAGUCAAAUUAUGCUGUCUGUCGAGAUUGGGGUAUGCACCACACUGAUCAAUUUGAUACAGUGGCAGUGAAUGAAGUAUUUGAGAAUAAGAAACAAUUACUUCGAGCUGUGAAUAUGUGGCACAUUCAGAAUAACUAUCAGUACAAGAUGCAACGCUCAAAUUCAGAUGUAAUACAGUUGAAAUGUGUAAAAGAGCCUGUUUACAAUUGGUAUCUUAGAGCUAUGAAAAAGGAAAAACUCAAUGUAUGGAAGAUAACAGUAAUUAGAGGGCAGCAUACAUGCACAAAUGUUUCACUGCAUCAGGGUCAUCGACAGUUGGAUUCAGAAUAUAUCGUAGAGGAGGUGCUACCUAUGGUAAGAGCAGAUUUGAAAAUAAAUAUAGCAGCUAUUCAGGCCUUUGCUAGUUCUCAGUUACAGUACCCGGUUUCGUACAAGAAAGCAUGGAAGGCCAAACAAAAGGUUAUCGAGAAAUUAUUUGGGACAUUUGAAGCUUCAUACAAUGUCCUCCCUAGAUUGUUGCAAGCAAUACAAGUUUCAAAUCCAGGGUCGGUGGUUAAUUUUAACUAUAAGGACAUUGUCAGCAAUCGGGCUACGUUUGGUCGUGUAUUCUGGGCAUUUUGGCCUUCUAUAGUCGGCUUUCAAUCCUGUCAUCCUUUGAUAAGUAUUGAUAGCACACAUUUGUAUGGAAAAUACAAAGGCAAAUUGUUGAUCGCGGUUGGGUAUGAUGCAGAUAAUGGCCUUUUCCCGUUGUGCUUUGCUAUUGUAGACGAAGAAAGUGCUGAUAAUUGGGGAUGGUUCAUAGCAUGCAUUCGUUCUUAUGUUACCGAUCGAAGAGGCAUUUGUGUGUUGUCUGAUCGACACGCUGGUAUUUUGGCAGCAAUGCGUGAUGGUUGGCCAGAACCAUUUGCUUAUCACAGGUAUUGCUCGAGACAUUUUGUGAGUAAUUUCAACACCCAUUUUAAAGAUAAAGAUUUGAAACAAGCGGUUGUCACAAUGGCUAAUGAAGAAUCUAAGGAAAAUUUUGACUUUUGGAUGUCGCGUGUUAAGGAUUUGAACAUUGUUGCGUGGGAGUACCUAAAUAGUGCCGGGAAAGAAAAGUGGAGUAAAGCAUAUGAUGAUGGCCACAGAUACGGUAACAUGACUACUAAUAUGUCUGAAAUCUUCAAUAGUGUUCUUAAAGGUGGGAGAUUUUUGCCUAUUACAGCACUGGUUCAGCUGACAUUUUACAGGUGCAACAAAUAUUUUGUUAAGAGGAGGAUUGAAGCAGAAGAAUUUAGAUUAUGA